UUAUUACUGUUCAACCAUAUUGAACAGGCCAAUGCACUUGUAGCAUUGCUUGUAAAUUCGGUGAGAAAAAUCUGAUAAAUUUUAUAACGAAAUAUCGGUCUGUCUUGUUGAUUAUAUAAUUGACCGAUAAGGAAUUCAUGUCAUAACAAUUAAACUAUUCGCGCUCGAAGAUUGUCGCGUUCAUGAACUGUUGCGAUCAUGAACUGGAAUAAGAAACUGGAAAUUUAAUGUCGAAUGAAAACAUAAGGAUAAAUUGCAAAAAGUGAGAAGAAUGCCGAGUUGUGGCAGUCUAUUCAGAAUCAUUAGACGGCGUCUUGUACUUGGACUCAUCUUUGCUUUGUCACUUACUUAUUGCGCCUUUUCACUCUUUCGUAAUGAGAGAAAGACAUUAGCUUUGGAUAAUGAUCUUGAUGAUAUGGAUUCUAUGAUAAUUAAUGACAAUAAUGAUGACUUGAUCUCUGAUGAUGAUACAAUAUCGGAACAAUUAAGAGCAUCUGGUAAACCACCACUGUGGCAGAUGGCAAUUGUUGAUCAAGGAGCAAAUGAGAAUGCAUUAAACAUAGAAGCAAUGUCAAAUUUAAAUGAUACUGAUAUUGUUCGUCCUUGUCGUAAUUCUAUUCAGGGUAAAGUUCUAAUAGUAGAUGAGCGUGGUAUUGUAUGCUCUAGACAAGAAAUUUUGCCAAAUGGCUGUUGUAGUAUGGAACAAAAGGAUCCUAUAAAAAAUGGGGAUACAUCAACUAUACCUAGGAGAGAGAGGUAUAGUUGUAAAACAUGUAACGCUCAAGGAUGCUGUGCUAUUUAUGAAUAUUGUGUUUCCUGCUGCCUACAUCCUGGCAAGCAAAUAAAGGGAAGAAAGGAUGUACUGUUAGGUUUACUUAGAGACAAUCAUAAAUCUCACAGAGACCAAGAUGUGGUGAAAAAGCGUCUUCGUAAUUUAGAUCGCUUUCAAGUUUGUUUGGCUGCAUGUCGUACUUCCAGUGCGAGCGUCCGCCACGAGAACACCUAUAAGGACCCACAUUCGAAGCAUUGUUACACAUUUCAACCACAACAUCAAAGACAUCGUCGUGAUGUUUAUUCAUAUAAUAAUAAUGACGACAACUCUGUUGUCGUUGCAUCUUUUUCUGUUAUGCCAUUACUUACCCUCUUCUCUCCCUUCUGCCUACUUAUACACGCAAAAAAUAAUUCACUUUUACUAUCAUGCAACUAUCAUACUCCAAUGUUAUUUGAUUAUUAUUCUCACGUACGACCACCUUGAAAUACAAAAUAAAUUUACUAUACAAAUAUUUUUUAUAAAAACGAUCGAAAUUCGCGUAUAAAAUGAUCUAUAACAUUUUAAUAAUUAAUGCCAAAGGCAAUUUUAAUUACGGUUCGAUUUUAAGUCUUUUUAUUUUCAGCUGGUUUAUAAUCAUUUUCAAUUUAAAACAAUGAUUGGAUUUUUUUUAUUUUUCAAUUGAUGAAAUUUGCAAUUUUUCAAAUAGUAAGAAAUCUUUAUAAUUGAAAAAAAAAAAAAGAAAAAUGGAAAAAUAUCUCUUAUCUGUUUAAAUUUCAAGAUAGUUGCAAAAUUUGAUAAAUUUUAGAAAAAAUUAAAUGAAAUUAAAAAUAAAAAAGUAGGAUCGAAUUCUUAAUAAAAUAUUAUGAUAGAGUUUAUUCAAAGAAUUUGAUUUUGAUCUUGAAAAAGAGUCGUGAUUUUGUAAACGAUUUAAAAUCUAGAGAUUACGUAUUCGAUAAAGUCAGAAGGCAAAUCGAUGUUACUUGGAAAUACCAAAUCGUCAAAAGAUUUUGCAACCAAUAUUUUGUGCACAAUUUAACUUGAUCAAGAUUUGUGUGAUAUGUUCUCAUACUCGAUAUUAAUCGAAAAAUUCAUCAUAAUUAUUCAGCAAUUUGUUGGCCAAUUUUCCAUUCAUUAUUUUGCACAUCAUAAUUAUACGUUGGAGCUUCGUUUACCAUGAUAUCGUUGAAUAAUUAUUUAUGAAAAAUUAGAUCCAUAUCUAAAAACGACAAAUGUCUGUUCCUGCUUAAAAUUAAUAACACAUACAUAAAAUUUACAUAAAAUUAAUAAUACAUACACAAUAAUUAAUAAUGAAAUGCUUAUUGAUCGAACACAAUGAUUUAUUUUCAACUGCACGAUAAUAUGAUUAUUAAAUUCCAAGCUUGCGCUAUCAUUGAAUUAUUAAACGAAUGAUAUGCAACGUUUGUAUGCAUACAUUGAUUGUAGAUGAUAUCGGAAUUUCUAUAGUAUACAUCGAUAUUCUUCGAAAUUUUUAAACAUGUAUUAGUCACGUUGCUAUAUGUUUGAAAUUUCAUUUUUAUUUCCAUAAUUGUUUGUACGUGAUUGUUUAUACGAUAAGAAACUUAUCGAUAUUUCUUUCGCGUCUUAUAAAUUCACUUUAUUUUAUCGAUUUUUUUUAUGUUGAAUUUUAUCCAUUAUACUUUUGAUAGUACUUAUCGAGCAUUUCUCUUUGUACCAAACGAGAGAACAUUAAGCAUCAUUUUUCUUUUAAAACGAUCGCUGAUUUAACGUCAGUUUGUUAUUAUUUUUUUUUGAAACGUAACAUUUUUUUUUAUAGAAUUUUUAUUUUAAAGCAAUAUCGAAAAAUUGAUAUUUAGAAAUAUAAUAUUUAGGAAAACAAGAUUUCAAUAACACUUUCAACAUAUUGAACACGUUAAUUUACGGUGUAGCAUUAUUUUUUCGCGAUAUCUAUAUCAAGCUGCAAUUUUUUCGUUAGAUCAUGAACAAUUUCCUUUUUUAUUUCUCGUUCACCGUUAUUUAACAGUGAUUCUACGAAUAUCCAAAAUCGAUCUCUUUCAAAAUUAAUUAUCCACGAAACGAUCUUUUCUUUCAGUAAAAUAUAAAUGGAAACGGUAAAAGGAUCUGCGUAGUUAAAACAGCUGACAAGAAUAUUGGGUUUCCGUUAAAACUGUCAUUUUCUCGUUUUUAAUACGGCCUGCGGUAUCGAGAAAGAAAGAUAUUAGUGAAUUUUUUAUUUAUCCUCAAUCGAUUUAUAAUAGUGUCAACACGAGUUUUCUAAGUUUUUCUUUUUUAAACAUUUUUCGAAGAGUUAUAUUUUUCAAUAUUUAUCGGCGUGUCUUAUUAGUGUAUAAUGUAAUGAAUACGAAAUUUAUAUCUUUCAGAGAAUCAAUGUCUUUAGAUUUUUAUUAGAUAUAUUUUAAAAUACUAACGAAUUCGAUAUAAAUUUUUUUAACAGACAAUAUAUAAAACGUAUAAAAAGUGUUUUUAAAUUUUUUUUAGCAUCUUAAAAAGCAAUAAUAAUUAUUGUUGCAACAUUCAAAAUAAUAACUUUUUGCAAUAGAAAUAUUUUCAAUAUUAAAUCUAUUCGAAUAAAAAUAAUUAAAAGAAUAUUUCUGAAAUAAAACGAACAUGAAUAGUAAAGGGAGUGCGUUCUAAUGAUCAAUAAAUAGAUCGGUAAACGCCCUAAUACACAUAUAAGCACAAGCAUUGUAACGAUAAUCAUCAUUUACAUACAUAUUGCUUUUUAUGCUUUUUUAUCUUUUUAAAUAUACUUAACUCAUCCGACAUUUAAAGUAAAUUAGUUAACUAAAGUAAACAAAAAAUAAUCAGUCAACACUUUUAACAAUAUCUUAACAUUUUUCAAUUUUUUUUUCUCUCUCUCUAUUGCGAUUUUAAUCUCUUCGUCUUUGUCAAAAACGCUUAAUGAAUUUUCCGAAAAAAAGAAAGUGCAGGAAGUGGUUGGUAGUUCGUUCUCCAUUCUGAAAUCGUAAAUUUCAAAUUGUACCGUCGACGGGUGGUCCGCAUUAGAAAUGCUGAUCCUCCCCUCCUAGUUCUUUCUUGCAAUUCGUCGUUGGCAGGGGACAAGGACGAGGGAAUUCGAAGAAGCGAGAAAAUCGAAUUGCUCGGAUAUUUGAUGCACGACCCAGGUUCAUUUCUAUAACUUUCCCCCCGGCUUGGAAACCAUAACGUUGCGAAAACAAUUAGUUAAUGGUAGACGGACAAAGUUUACGCCGCGAUCGAGUUACACUUUAAUGGAGUCAAAGCAUUUUAAACUUCCAUGCUGCGAUGGCUGGAUCGGCCUAUUGUGCCGCCAAACUAUUGUUCGAAUCAAUCGGCCCUGUUACGCUCCUAACCAUCCGCCUUCCAAGUCGGAAUUCAAUUUGUCGAACGAACCGAACGGAGUUUUCGAAACGAGAUAAAAGAUAAAUUAUUUCCCUCUUUCCAAAAGAGAUAAAUUCUUUUUGUUUGAUCUAGAAAUUUAAAUUUCAAUUUAGAAGCUUAAAUGUAUAUUUUUCUUGAAGUAUGCAAAGAGUGCUUCCGGAAGAUGUUUCAUUUCUUGAUAAUGUCUGGAUUUUAACAGACGGAGAAAUUUUAAAUUUUUUGUCGGAUCUAAAAAAAUUUGUUAACAAUAAAAAAACCGCGGGAUAAAGUGUCGAAAAUAUAAAAUGAUGCAGUAUGCGUGAAAUUAGGGGUGGUUUAAGUCAUCAUUUUACUGGUUUUUGAAUUUUUUUUAAAAAAAUACCGAUCUUUAAACUUUACAAUUUUUGUAUAUAAAUUUGAAGUGGAAAUCUAGAAUGAAUAAUGCAUAGCAUAGAUAUGAAAUUUGUUAAUUUAUAUAUUUUGGCACGAGCGAUAAAUUUCAUUGAAAGUUAUAUAAACAUAAAUUUUAUUGGAACGAUUUCAUUUAGAUUUCAAUUACGCGACAUAACUACAAUUCUGUACAUAUGUUUUUGCUAUUUAAAAUAUAUUAAAUUACAAUAUUUUAUUAUCAAUAUACAUAUAUAAAAGUAAUAUCAUUAAUAUAUUUCAUACGUUGAAUAGAAUAAUCAACUUGCGUUUACAGAUAAAUGCGAUAGGGUUUAUCGCAAAGUUCAUUGAAGAAACAUUAUUUUUACACAUGUCUAUAUGCAUAAUACAAAGAAUGGCUUUUUAUCGAAGUGAAUGGCAAAAUGGCAAAAAAAAUUAUUUGAUAAAUUUUCAGCGAGUCUAGAAUUCGAAUCAAGGAAUAAUAUACUAUAUACGAUUCGUUACAGAUGAAGAUUUCUUCGAAUAACUCAUUGCAUCAUUAUUAUUAUAAAUUUUUAAUUUUUAUUUUUAUAUCAAUAUUAUAAUAAAAAUGAUAAUUUUAUACUGGAAAA